AUGCAGAUCGCUGCCACCCUCCUGCGCUCUGCCACCCACCGACGAGCUCGCCCGUGGCCGGUCCCAUGGUCCAGGCUGAGGAAGGUGAAGCGCUGCUGCUCCUUCUGGGCAGGUUUUGCACUGGCCACUCUCCGGGGAAGCCCCUCAGCAGCUCCUGCUGUUCCCGUAGGCUUUGUGGCUGCCUCCGACACGGACGGAGCCUGGGUGGGCACUUGGAGACCCCAUCGCCCACGCAGCUUCAUCUCAGCCCAGUUCACCACGCCGGCACCCAAGUACUCGAUCCCCGGGACAACAGGGUACCUGGCUCACAGCCCCACCAAAGUCAGAGCCCCUGCAUACACGUUCCCCAUGGCCAAACGUCCGGUGGCCAGCAGCUGCUCGCCGGGGCCUUGCUAUUACGUCCCGCCGGCCAUCACCAGGCACGGGAAGUACGUCGUCCCGGCACAGCACAUGGCCGGGCUGCCUAAGACAAAGAGCGAGGUGGCCCCCGGUCCAGGUGACUACUCCAUCGAGAAGGCCAACAAGCACGUGUACAUGCGCCCGCCAGCACAGCCCAUGGCCUUCCGGCACGAGGCCGCUGCGGCCAGCACAGUGCCAGGUAAGGGAAUGUGGGGAGCGCAGACACCAGCACCGGCGUGCCCGCCGGGUGGGCUCUGCUGGGCGGCAGCUUGUGCAAUGAGCCUAGGGACGAGCCUGCCCGGCAGGACACAGCUAGAGAAGCAGCAGCUCAGGAGGGGCAGGACACCCUUCCUGCCCUCGCGCUGCUACCCAGGCGCCGCUCCUUGCGCCGCAGGACUCACAGACGCUCUCCCUUUUCCCCUUCCAGGUGUGGGCACCUACAUGCUGCCCAGGCUGGUGGGGCACAACACAGCCUGCGUUCCCGCCAGCCCGUGCUACUCGAUGAAGGGGAAGAGUAAACACUACAGCUACCUGGAAGGCAUGCCCAAGGUGAGCUGUGCACUCUCCUCGGGGUGCAAGGGCUCCAGCUGCACCAGCACGGUCCGUGUGGGCAGCGCAAGAACCAACACCCACCUUGGGCACCCAGCAAGCUCCACUCCUCUCUUACAGACACCCGGUCCUGCUGCCUUCCCCAAGGUGGACCUGGACACCUACAAGAACAGGGCCCCCAGGUACACCAUGGGGAGCAGAACCAGGCUUGGAGGCGACAAAACAGUGAAACCGGGGCCGGCAGACUACUGCCCCGGGAAGGUGACGUUGACCAAGCCCCAGGCUCCCGCCCCCACUUUUGGACUCCGACAUUCCCGCUACACCACUCCUCUGAUACUUCCCCUGUAAGUCUAAUAAAAUAACAUACCCCCGUAGAUCUUGUCUCGUCACCUUCUGCAGUGGGGUGAGGGGGUGUGGACAACUGGCUCUCUCCGUUUCGUGCCCAUGCUCCCACUGAAACGUUGCAGGUGAGGGUGAGGGGACAGCACCAAGAUCAGCAGCGUGAGCAGGGCAGAGCUCUGACCACCAUGUCACUGGCUGGAGCCGAACGCUGCCCCGGGGGAGCAGCCCAGCCCUGGCUGAGCAUCCCGCAGGCACAGGCUCACCCCAAGGACACAGCCCCUCUCAGCACCCCCAUCUUGUUGUACACAGGUGCCCUUCCCUGAGCGCACACCCAGGGCACUGCCCAUGCCCCAACGCUGCACCUGUCCCCCCCCCCUCACUCCCGGGCACCCCAGGACCCCCUCACAGUGCCCAGCAGUGGUGGGCAGGAGCUGCUGUGCAGCGCUGGCCCUGCCGAGGCCCCGCAGCCAGCUGGGGUGCGCGGGGAGGCAGCCCCCUGCUUGUGCAAGGCCCCGCAUGCGUGCGAGGUGCUCGUGAGAGGUGGCUGGGAGGGCGCUGGCUGCUCAUGCAAGGGCUGGACAAGGCACAAGCUGCCCCAGGUUACUCCUGGAUGCUCCUUGGGUGCUCGUGCGAGGCACUGGCAGCACACAGUGCUUGUGCUUGGGGAGAGGAAAGUCUGCCCCCUACCCACUGCCCUACAGGGACACGGGUGGCCAAGGGACCGAC